ACGAUAGUAACAAAAGAUAUUUUCUUGCCAAACAUUUUUUGUGAAUCAGUACAAAGUAGUUUAAACAUUGACUCCAGCUCUCUGUUGUGGCACAUGAAACAAUGUUAACACACACUUUGUUUACUCUAUGCUGUCGUUUUGUGAUCUACAGCCACAGACUAAGACCUUAAUCUUGCAAGCUGUUACUGGUGUGCGAAAACCUGUAGCUGCCUGGAGUCCCAGGGUCUGCCCACAUGGAAACUGAAAGUCAAGCAAUGUCUACCAAUUUAAAAUACCUUUCCUUGGGGAUCUUGGUCUUUCAGACCACUAGUUUAGUUUUGACUAUGCGAUAUUCUCGGACAUUGAAAGAGGAAGGACCUCGUUACUUAUCCUCUACUGCAGUAGUUGUUGCUGAAUUUUUGAAGAUUAUGGCCUGCAUUUUAUUGGUCUACAAAGACAGCAAGUGCAAUUUACGGGCUCUGAACAGAGUGCUACAUGAUGAAAUCCUUAACAAGCCUAUGGAAACACUUAAACUUGCUAUUCCAUCAGGGAUUUAUACUCUCCAGAAUAACUUGCUGUAUGUAGCACUGUCAAAUCUAGAUGCAGCCACUUAUCAGGUCACAUAUCAAUUAAAAAUUCUUACUACAGCAUUAUUUUCUGUGUCCAUGCUAAGUAAGAAAUUAGGUGUAUACCAAUGGUUAUCAUUAGUGAUUUUGAUGACGGGAGUUGCAUUUGUACAGUGGCCCUCAGAUUCUCAAGCAACAACUACUAAAGAGUUGUCAGCAGGAUCUCAAUUUGUUGGUCUUAUAGCAGUCCUUAUAGCCUGCUUUUCAAGUGGAUUUGCUGGGGUUUAUUUUGAGAAAAUUUUAAAAGAAACCAAACAGUCUGUCUGGAUCAGAAACAUCCAACUUGGAUUUUUUGGUAGCAUAUUUGGAUUGAUGGGUGUGUACAUAUAUGAUGGAGAACUUCUGUCAAAGAAUGGAUUUUUUCAAGGAUAUAACAAACUUACCUGGAUAGUUGUAGUUCUACAGGCACUGGGGGGCCUUGUGAUUGCUGCUGUUAUAAAAUAUGCAGACAAUAUUUUGAAAGGAUUUGCAACAUCUUUGUCAAUUAUAUUGUCAACAUUGAUCUCCUAUUUCUGGCUGCAAGAUUUUGUCCCAACCAGUGUCUUUUUCUUUGGAGCCAUUCUUGUGAUAGCAGCUACAUUCCUAUAUGGUUAUGAUCCAAAACCUGCAGGCAAUCCUAUCAAGGCAUAGCAGAUUUCGUUAUCAGCCUGUUUCUCAAGACUGUGCAUUAGGGACCUCAACAAGAAUUCCUUAUGAAAGAUUUCAUCAUGCACUGGAAGGAAAGGAUCACUACACUGAAUCUGAGCAAGAACAUGUUAAUGGUUUUGGAGAACCAAAGGGUUAAAGACAGAAAAUAAUGUAUGUAAAGCUGAUUGGAAAAAAAAAAGGGGGGGGGGGAAAGCCUGGUGCAAGUUGCUUAUAAAAACUUGAAAGGAACAAAAUGUUUCCAAGUAACUACAAUUAGGAAUGUUUACAGCUUGAACUUGAGGUUAUAUUAGAUGAUUUUACUGUUUUGAUUGCUGCAGAAAUAUAUCCUAUGCACUCUUUGCAAGAGCACAUGACAAUAUUUGUCAGACUGUAUCUGUUUUUGCAAAUUGAUUAUAUUUAAUGUUAGUAAAUGUGUUUUUAACUGUUUGUCUAUAGAGAUCAAAUUGAAUAUAAUGGUUUUGAUUAGGGGUUCCUUAUUAAAGCUGUGAAGACUGUGAUUGAAAGACAUUUUCACACAUAUCCAAGAUUUUUAUAUUUAUGGAAGGCUGAUUUUAAUAAACAGAAAUCUGAAUUCUGUUGCUUAAUUAUAUAAAGUUUUUAUAAGGUCAAGGUUCUGACCUAAAUCUGUAAAAGAGAGAAAUUCAGAGUUGGAGCUAGACAUUCCAAACUUAACUAAGGUGGUCACUAGUAUUAUAAGCCAUCUAAUAACUCCACAUGAACACACACCAUAGAUUCCAGCAAUUACCCGGCACAAUGGCAUUGGUGUUAAAGAUGGAGUGCUUGCUUGGAUAACAUUCAUUCCUUUAUCCAUAUUGAUAUAAAUCAACUUCUUAGUAUUACCUUAAAGUAGUUUUUAUGGUUUGUUUCCUUUGGAGAUUUUUUUUUUAAAUUGUGUGUUUUUGUUUUUUGGAAACCUUAACAAAUAAAUGUUUUAAAUUAUU